AUGGACAGAUUUCUAAGAAUCUGUGACAUUAACAAGCACCACGGAGUAUCAGAUGAUGCAAUUAGACUCUGGUUGUUCCCUUUUGCUGUAACCGGGAAAACUCUCAGAUGGUUGGAUCGACAAGCUCCUAACAGUAUCAGAACAUGGGACGACCUGGCAGCCAAGUUCUUUGCUGAGCACUUUUCCAUGGAGAAAUACAACAAGUUGGUUAAUGAAAUUACCAACUUCACUCAACAGCCAAGAGGGACUCUGUGUGUAGGUUGGACCAGAUUCCAAGAACUGAUCAGAAAGUUCCCCCAAUAUGAUUUUCCAGACGGGAAAAAAGUCAGGGUCUUCUACAAUGGGAUGACACCAGAUUCCAGAAUGAUUGUCAAUGUUGCAGCUGGUGGAACCAUAGGGAAGAAGACAACAGCUCAAACUUUAGAGCUGAUUGACUACAUAGCAAAGAACGGGAAUGCAUCUAUGGCAGUUCAACCAGUUCAACCAAAUAAGGGACUUCUGCAAUUGGGGAAUAAUGAUGCGGCGUUAGCUGAUCAGAAGAUUAUAUCUCAACAGCUCGCCAAUAUGAAUGCUAAGUUGGACAAGAUGCAAAUUUCUACAGCUCAAGUUAAUUCAGUUAACUGUGAGUAUUGCAAAGGAGAGCAUGAGACCAACGAGUGCCCAACACUUGUAGGAUCAUAUGCGUUCCAAGUUAAUGGAGUCUGGUAUGAUCCAAGACCACCGCAGAACUUCCAGAGGAACCAGAACAAUGCUCCAAGGAAUAAUUUCCAAAGGAGAGUUCAAGGGGGAGGUUUGGAUUAUAAAUCCAACAAUUACUUGCAACCUCCACCAAUCCUGCACAGUCAUACUUCUGAAUUAGAAAAGGAAUUAAUGCAAUUGACCAAGACUACUACUGACUAUAUACAAAGCACUGAUGCCUUCAGAAGUGAUACAAUCGCAUUCAUGCAAGAGAUCAGGAAUCAAAAAGCAUCUAUAAGGAAUCUGGAAACUCAAAUUGGGCAGUUGUCAAGACAAAUAGCUUAG